UCGGGUAUGCUAUAUCACGAGUUACAAACGACCUGACUUGUGAAAUAUAAAACAAGAAAUAAACAAAAUUCAAAUUAUACUAUUGAUAUUAUAAAUUUUAUUAAUUAUCAUUUAUAAAAAUUAACUUUAUCAUUUUCUGCUCCUUGUUUAGUUAUUCCAUAUAAGUAACAAAAAAUAAUCGAUUCUCUCAUACGGAGAAAAAUGGAUAGUUAAAAGUUGUAACGAAGUGUUUCGUUACUUACUCGGCCUAAUUUGCAAUGUGUGGGAAAAGUAUUUUCAGAGUUAAGAAAAUCGUUUGUUUGUCUCUUUCUUAUCAAAGGUCUGUCUCGUUUAUUGUCAAGUCUCUUGUAUAUUCUUUCGUAUCAGCGUGUGAGGAGCUGUGGUUUUCGUGAAAUCAGAAUUUAAAUGAUUUUGCGCAUGAUUAAUUGUCAGCGUACGUCACAUGGUCAGCGACCCUUUCCAGGUUUCUUUCAGGUGCCGUUCCGUGGGGAUAAGAAGAAGGGUUCUUCCGAAAAUUGCGAAGGAAAAACAAGGAAACGAUUUUGAUAGCGGGAAAGCCUACUGGGGACAAUCAGAUGGUUCGACAUUAACUUGCGGGUUUCCGAGAAGUCGUGACGCGGUUUUGACGAGUGUCAGAAUCGAGAGUUAUAGUUUGAGAAUUUGGUUUAUUAAUUUGUCCAGAUAUAAGCAAAGGAGUGAUUCUGUAUUAUAUUCUGAAAACGAAACCAACUAUACGAAGAUCCUUUGAAGAAAAAUGUGUAAAGG